AGAUGAUACUCCUCACGUCCCCAACGAGAAGCUCGGAGAAGAAAAGGUUCUGCACAUAAUAGAAAAUCUGACUUCCCUGAUAAGAGAGACGUUUCCAGACACUAAAGUCUACGCGGCGAUGGGCAAUCAUGACUUCCAUCCCAAGAAUCAGUUUCCAGGGAAGGAGCACAGGAUCUACAACCAAACAGCUGAACUGUGGCGUCCCUGGCUGAACAAUGCUUCCGUUCCUCUCUUCAGAGCAGGAGCUUUCUACAGCGAGAAGCUGCCUGGCUCAGGGACAAGGGGACGAAUGGUUGUCCUCAAUACCAACCUCUACUAUGACCAGAACAAUGAGACAGCUGGUGAGGAGGAUCCUGCGGGGCAGUUCCAGUGGCUGGAAGAAACACUGACCAACGCCUCUAGAGCAGAUGAAAUGGUGUACAUCGUGGGGCACGUCCCUCCUGGCUUCUUCGAGAAGAAGCGAGGCAAGGCCUGGUUCCGGGGUGGCUUUAACGAGCGAUACUUGCAGAUGGUGCAGAAGCACCACGGGGUCAUUGCUGCCCAGUUCUUUGGGCACCACCACACGGACUCCUUCCGGAUGUUUUACAGUGAUACAGGUUCUCCAAUCAAUGUCAUGUUCCUGGCCCCUGGAGUGACCCCCUGGAAAACAACAUUACCUGGAGUGAACAAUGGAGCCAACAACCCUGGGAUUCGGGUGAUCGACUACGACCCAGCCACCCUUCAGGUGUUGGACAUGGUGACUUACUACUUGAACCUAACUCACGCCAACAUGAUGGAGGAAGAGCUCCCAGUGUGGGAGGAAGAGUACCGGCUGACAGAGGCCUUCCAGGUCCCGGAUGGCUCUGCACGCUCCAUGCAGACAGUGCUGGAGAGGAUAUCCCAGGAUCCACGCUCCCUGCAGCAGUACUACGAGUUCAACUCGGUCAGCUACGACCUGGCACCGUGCGAGGUGUCCUGCCGCGUCGAUCACAUCUGUGCCAUCAGGGAGGUUGAUUUUACACGGUACGAGGAGUGUGUUAGAACCAGCAGCUCUGCCUCUGCCCUCCUCAGUGUUUGCCUCUUCUUCUCCUGCUUGCUCUUGGGGCUUAUCAGUCCCCAGCAUGUGCUGCAGUGA